UGGAUCAAAAUAAAUUUCAAUGCUGGAUCCGGACAUUACACACAGAAGCAAAACAAUCAUCGUUCGAACGCAGAGUGUCCGCAUGCGGAGCAUCGCGUGAAAAGUUCCACGUGUGUUCUGUAUGUUUGGAUCAAUUGUGACUGGACAGUAGUGAAAGAGACGCUAUAUUGAUGUGAAUAAUGCUUUAGUAGAAGCGAGACGAGUAGGGAACUCGGUGCUCGGUGCUCCACAGCCCACAGUCAUGUUCAUGAAGAUUGUCGGUGAUUGUUUCCCCGGCUUAUUCUUACAUCUGCAGUAUUGUGAGGAUCACAUGUUAUAGUCUGUUGGCUUAUCCCGAGUGGUAGUACUCAGUAGAAUCCACUUGGGACGUUAUCUCGCCGCGGAGAUAGAGUUACUGACUUGGUCGUCCUUUUACUUCGCUAGCAGACGAUAUACGAAACCAUUUGCAGCGAUAUAUAUUUUCCGAAGGUAUUUCUUGUCAGUUGUGUAUAUUUUAUAAAUUAAUUCCUGUCCAUGUGAGCUUUACAAUGGACUGUCAGACCCCCGUGUGUUUAUGAGACUACAAUCUGCUGUAACUGAUUGAUGCCGAUGGUACCCGAGCUAAACAGGACAAUUAUACCGGAGACCAGGAACCUAAGACAAUGGCUAUGUUUGCGAUGUUCCAAAGGUCUCGGUUAGGAAAAUUUAUUAUAUUCCUUGUAUUCCUUGUGAUAGUGUUGCAGGUAUUUCACAUGUCGUUAUUGACACGGCUCGAGGCAAAAGAGGCUUUGAACCGACAUAAAGGACCAGUUGAUCGCCAACUAAAGGUUAAGACUCUACCAGAAAUCGUGGAUGACAUGGAAGAAAAAGUUCGCAACUCCCACAGACUGGAUUACAGUGGUACGUAUCACGUCAUAGCGAACCUCCUCACCGCAGAAAGUCACGAUCCCGGCCAGAAUAGAGACGAUCUGGCCAUUGUCACACAGUGUUCAUCAAAUCAUUUACAUCAUUUAUCUCAUCUUUCACAAGUGUGGGAUGGUCCAAUCUCAGUGACAGUGUUCACCUUCGACAAUAAUAUUGAAACGGCACUCAAACAUAUUGUGAAACUUUACUUAUGCAGAGAAAAAAUUCGUAAAACGACUUCUUUUCAUUUGGUGUACCCACUCGACCGUGCCCCUCGGUCCUUAAGUGAGAGUUGGAAAGCGGUGAAUUCUUGUGAGGAGGACAUGUCAGUAGACCGAGAGAAGGCCCCAAACUAUGCAAUAGAGGGCAUAGAGUACCCACAGAACCUACUCAGGAACCUCGCAAUAAAAAACUCUGCGACAUCGUUGGUGUUUAUGGUCGACAUCGAUAUGGUUCCAUCGGAAAAUCUUCACGGGGACUUCCUGUAUCUAUGGCGCACCGCUCUGAAAGCACGGGCAAAUGAAACCAAGGACACAGUUUUUGUGGUGCCAGUAUUUGAAGUGAAGGAGGGUGUCACAGUUCCUGAUACUAAGCCUAAUUUGAUAGGUGCACUGGAUCGGGCCGAGGUGAGACCCUUCUACAUUGAUCCUUGUAGUCCGUGUCAGACUUUUACUAAUUACCCGAAAUGGGUAUCUUUGACGCAUUCAAAAGGGAUGCAGGUGGCAUAUUAUAUUAACUGGAAAUACUCUUGGGAACCUUUCUACAUCGCUGCUAAAGGCAUGCCGCUUUACGACGAGCGCUUCAAACAGUAUGGCUAUAACCGGAUAAGUCAGGUGUGCGAGCUGCACGUGUCCGGCUACCAGUUCGCUGUACUCAACAAUGCAUUCCUGGCCCACAGAGGCUUCAAGAGGAGGGGGGAUUUCCACGCCACCAAGAACCAGGAACUUACCAAGAACAAAAUUCUGUUUACAAAGUUUAAGGAUGAACUGAAAGUCAAGUACCCAAACUCCACCGGAACAUGUUUGUGAUGUGGCGGUUGUCGAUUUACCUUUCCAUGUCACGGAGGGUAAAGCGGUGGUGUCUACAAACAGUUCAUGGUCCACAACUACCUGAGGUGGGUGGGUGCUUCGUGGUAGAGCGAAGGUCUGCUUGGUAACAGAGUAGCAGAGGGGUUAUAUGACCAAAGGAUGAUAUCCGUGCAAUAUCUGUUUACACGUUCAUGUAUUACAAAUGACAUAGUUAAUGAAACAGAUGUAUGUUUGGAAAAUGGUAUGGAGGCACUUGUUCGACGCCUGUAAUGUUUUCUUUCAGGAAUCAUUGCCACAACUCGUCAUGUUAUUUUUUAUAAUAUACCAAAUGUCCGUAAGGUGAUGUGGCAAGAUAUGCAUAGAUAGUUAAUUGAUGGGGUACUGUAAGGCGGGUCAUGAGCAUACAUGACAGCUAACAGCUUUAACAAGCACAAGAACACAUUGUAUUUUGGUAUUAUAAUGGUUACGUGUAGUCAAGUGAUAACUGAAUGGUUCGGCCAAUAUCAAGUCGUAACCACACAAUAUGAAAUGUACUUCAUUUUGCCAUUGAAACAAAUCGGGAAACAUGGAAUAUGUGUAAUGUUUGUUGUGAUGACGAACUGUGAGACAUUUGGUUGUUUAUGUGCCCAGUUUCUGUACGUUGGUAUCCAGAAGAUGCGGGGGACUUUGGGCUUGUCAUACAGGACAAUUUGUGAAAGAGGUGCCUUUAACUACUUGAAUGAUUUCAAUUUUCUUUUAUUCCCAUGUAACGUCGAUAGCUAUAUAUUGAUACCAUGUAACUGCAGGAAUGGGAAACUAUAUUAAAUGGCAUACAAUGCUUGAACGAACUGGACAGGGUUUCAGCAGGAUACGAGUCUGAAGUGACUGGUUGGUGUCCCAGAGUUCGGGCUACGCAGAACAUGGCAGUCCAGAUACCAUGGACGACGUCGAUGUGACUAACAUUCCUGUAACCUGACUAUAUGGCAUGUCAGGAUUGCUACUGAGCGCACGUUUCGGCUUUCUGUACAAGGAAGACCAUUGAAACAGUUUUAAACUGGGAGUUACACGGGGGAGUUUGUAAGUUGUGUCGUCUUCAUUUGAAUUAUUUAAGCCUGGGGUAAGUAUAUUCUACUCUAGGAAUUCCUGUUGAGCAGAUAUGAUUUUGUAUACAUUUUGCCUUCAAUCCAUGUGGUGUAUAACUAGUGUAUUUUCUGCAUAAACGAAUCACAAUAA